AUGCUUUCAACCUCGCUCCUCAGGGUCUUGUCGCUCACCGCAGUCGUCGCCGCGAGCGCCAUGCCACCCGUACUCUCCGGCGUCAGCAACACCUGCACCAGCCCACCAGUCCGCAAGGAGUGGCGCGAGCUCACCGACGCGGAGAAGGCCGAGUACCUCCGCGCGGCUACGUGCGUGCGCGAACUGCCUAAGGCCAAGUACGCCGCUAUCGACGCAGUGACGACGCGUAUGGACGACCUGGUCUACACCCACUUCUCCCUUAACCUGGAUAUACACUUUGUCGCCAACUUCCUCCCGUGGCACCGCUGGUUCGUGCAGCUCCACGAGGACCUCCUGCGCACCGAGUGCGGCUUCACGGGCACCCAGCCGUACUGGGACUGGUCCAUUGACGCCGACGCCGAGGACGUGCCCAACGCGCCUGUCUUUGACCCCGUCACCGGCUUUGGCGGCGAUGGCAAGCGGACCGACAGCGACGAGCCAGGCUUCCAGCGCUGCGUCGUCGACGGUCCCUUUGCCAAUACCAAUCUGACGCUGGGCAUGGGGUGGCCGGACGUGAACGAGGACGGCGAUCGCCUCCACUGCUUCACGCGUGAGCUGAAUAACGCCUCGGGAAGGGACGAGAAUGGUAAUAUGAUCAUCGGUGACAUGCAGGCAUCGGCGUAUAACUCGCAAGUUAUGAACACUAUCUAUGCAUUCGACACGUUUGCCGAUAUGGCGGAUAUGCUCGAGGGCCUGCCGCACGCGCAGAUCCACAGCGUCAUCUUUGGUGACAUGGGCCCCUCCACCUCGCCCAAUGAGCCUCUCUUCUUCCUGCACCACGCCAACGUCGACCGUGCAUGGGCCAAGUGGCAGGGCCGCAACGCGACCCGCCUGGCCGACUACACCGGCUUCCAAGAUCGCAGCGGCACGAUUCCAGCCUCGCUCAACAACACGAUGCCAGUCAUGGAGCUCGCCGACACCAAUCCCAUCGUCAAGGACUACAUGGAUAUCCGGGCUGGCCCUCUGUGCUAUACAUACUCGUCCAUGUGA